UCGAAACAAUUGCGAAAUGAAGGUUCUUACACUCUUCCUGUUCACCGCCCUGGUUGCAGUGGCUGUUGGCCGGCCGAACGGCGGAUGGUGGGCCAGGAAAUUCGGCUGGGGAUCCUCCGAUGAUGGUCAAAAUGUGCAGGAGCAGAAGUGGAAUGGUCAGAAUCAGUGGAACGGAAAUGGACACGGAAGUGGAAAUGGACAGGGUCAGUGGAAUGGCGGACAAUGGAACGGCAAUAACCAUGGUCAUGGACAAGGCAAUGGUCACGGAAACAACCAUGGUCACGGUCACGGAGGUCAUGGUCAUGGCGGUCACCGUCCCCCACCACCACCACCACCGCCGACCACGGACCGACCCCCGACCGAAGACGAUAUUGUAUCCACAACCGAUGUGACUAGCCCCCCGGAGGAAACUACCUUGGUUCCCGAGGUUCCAGAGGAAUCCACCACUCAGGCACCAGAGACCACCUUGGCCCCUGAAAUCCCCGAAGAAUCCACCACCCAGGCACCGGAGGAAAUCACCACUGACUCCGAAGACGGAAGCGGUUCUACGGAAGAAACCACCCUGGCCCCUGAAGUACCGGAGGAAUCCACCACCCAGGCUCCAGAAGAAAUCACCACUGACUCCGAAGACGGCAGCGGUUCUGAAGAAACCACUCAGGCCCCUGACGAUCCCGAGGAUUCCACCACUCAGGCCCCCGAAGAUCCAGAAGAAUCCACCACCCAGGAACCAGAGGAAACCACCACCGAUUCCGAAGACGGAAGCGGUUCUUCUGAGGAAACCACUCUGGCUCCCGAAGAUCCCGAGGAUUCCACCACUCAGGAACCCGAAGAAAGCACCACUGACUCCGAAGACGGUAGCGGUUCUUCCGAAGUGACUACCCUGGCUCCUGAAGCUCCCGAAGACUCUACCUCCCUGGCGACCGAAGAGCCCGAAGACUCCACGACUGAUUCUUCAGUGGAGUAGGAAGUUAGUUUGCUAAUGCCAAACGUUGCUGGUGCAUUUUCUCAAAAAUCGUUUAAAAUUUGGCGUUAUUAAACAAAGGAUCUUAAAACGAAAUAAGGUGCAAAUAUUAAACUGUUAUAACUAAAUUAUUAACCGUGUUGGCCACACAACCACGUGAAACCAUUUAUAGGAUUAAGAUUGAAACCUCAUGAAGCAACAUCGUGUUAUGUAGUCACGCAUUCGUCAUUUAGCUUUAUAGUUUUCACAAUCUGAACAAUUAAACCACCCAAAAACAA